GUGACCAUCACGGGACACAGCUGCUGCUGCACUUGCGCCAGAGACGUCGAGCAGAGAGGAAGUGUAACUCAGUAUUCUAGCCUCCUUGUGCUAUUAUAACUCUACAAGAUGUCUGACGGAGAGUCUCCCAUGUAUUCCCCAUUCUUCGGCGUUAUGGGCGCUACUUCUGCCAUGGUGUUUAGCGCCCUGGGUGCUGCAUAUGGCACCGCCAAGUCUGGAGUGGGCAUAUCAGCCAUGUCGGUAAUGCGACCAGAGCUGAUCAUGAAGUGCAUCAUUCCUGUGGUCAUGGCUGGUAUCAUUGCUAUCUAUGGCCUUGUAGUGGCUGUACUAAUUGCUGGUAAACUAAACUCAGCAGAAAGUUACUCCCUUUAUCAAGGCUUUGUGCACAUGGGAGCUGGUUUAUCUGUGGGCCUCUCUGGCUUAGCUGCAGGUUUUGCCAUUGGAAUUGUUGGAGAUGCUGGUGUGAGGGGAACUGCACAACAACCUCGUCUAUUUGUCGGCAUGAUCCUUAUUCUUAUUUUUGCUGAGGUACUUGGUCUGUAUGGUCUGAUUGUUGCCAUUUACCUGUACACCAAGACCUCUUCAUAAGCAAGCAAGCAAGCAAGAGAUUGUCAAAUGUGGAGCCCUCACCAGCAUCCCAGAUAUUAGUCCUCCAGUAAUCCAACCUUCAGUGCAAGACUACACCAUAUAUAUCAAGGGCCCACUUUUAGUCUGUUGGAUAUUUUUAUUGAGAAAUCAAAGUAUUUUAAGUUAAUUACACAUAUCCUGUGAUAAAAUAUUACUUUAGAUUUCAUAUUGGAUUUCAGUUUUGUGCAUGAUGGAAAAUUAAAAGAACAAUUGAGGCAUUUUAUUAAGAAAGGAUGCUUUUAAAAGAUAUAAGGGUGUGUGUAAAAAUUUGUGUAUAGCAGUCCUGUGACAAUUUUUGUAUUAAUGUAACUCGUGUGUCCUUGUCUUUACUCUUCCAGACAGCUUCAUACCAUUAGUGUUCUACAUAAAUCUCUUCCCAUGAGUCAUUAGUAGAUCAGGUACAUAAGAGUGGUAUUUAUUUUCUGGUUUUGGACAAAACUCCUUUAAAAGGCAACCUUUAUUGCUAAUGUAUGGAUCUGAUGAAAGUUAUCUUAGGUUGGUCUCAAGUGGUGUGGCGAGUGCUAGGGGAGGGAGUGGUGGCGGCCAUUGCAGGGCGAGUUAAACGUUUGAUAUCUUUGGGUAGGCAAAGGUUGUACUCCAGUAUUAAGACAUACUGUUUUGAGAUUGAUUUAUGGUUACUUCUAAAACUAUUAUAAUAAAUUACUGUACUUAAA